UGUUGCGCGCUUUCCCCUCCUCUAGCUCCUCUUUUUGCUGAUCUGCCUUUUGUGUCCCCGAAAGCCCUUCACACUCUCUUUCAGCUUUCGCUCCAGCUUUAUACGAGCAGCCGGUCCAACUCAACACAGUCGUUCUUUACCAAACAAACAAACAACCACGUCAAAAUGAUGUUCAUUCGCUCGCUUAUCGUUGCCGCCGUCGUCCUCGGCGCCUCCGCCGUCCCGGCCCCGAGCCCCCAAGACAACGGCACCCCUGAACAACCCGCACCUGAGCAGCCCGCACUUGAGCAGCCCGCGCCCGACCGGUGUGCCGGCGUCGUCUGCCCGGAAAAUUCGUACUGCAAAGUAUUCGACUUCAACCUAGAGAAACCGGUCGGGUGCGAAGCCAACGGAACUGUCCCAGCCGACGUGGAAACCUGCGGCGGCGUCAUCUGCCCGACGGGAACAACCUGCUGCAACUCGCCAUGUGGUGUCUGCACCAAGCCGGGGGAUUUCUGUUUGACUUGGGUCUGCUAAAGAGGCGGGAGAGUGAAUCUCGGGUUCAGAAUGGGGGGAUACUGCCGGGAGUUGGGCGCUAUAGGGAUCAUUGUCUGCGGACUGGCACGAGAAAAUGCCAGCAUCACGGUGUUCCGUCGGGGGUUUUUGGGUACAAAUAGGGACAGGUCCCGGAUGAACCGAUCUACGAAGGGAAUGCUUCAAUUCAACCACUUCUAUCAC